AUUCGAUACGAUUCUUAUCGAUUCUGUUGCUGCUAACAAAACGAAAGUAAUUUGUUGAAAAACAGCUAAACGACAGCUGUAAAUAGUUGAUUGUGCCACGUCCAAAUCAGUAAACAAAAACCGCCUUCAAGCUGUUUAAUCUACCGCAAAUCUACAAGCAUACCACAGCGGACUCCACUCGUCCCACUAGUAGCAGUUGCAAAAUGACCGUACAUGAAUUUAAAGUGGAAAUGACCUGCGGCGGCUGUGCUAGCGCCGUAGAAAAGGUCUUGGGCAAAUUGGGCGAUAAGGUGGAAAAAGUGAAUGUCAAUCUGGAUGAGAAAACUGUUACUAUCACCUCAAACUUAUCGGCCGACGAACUGUUGGAACAGUUGCGCAAGUCGGGAAAGGCAGUUUCAUAUGUCGGUGUGAAGAAAUGAGACGAGUUUCUCAGCAAGUUUCAGAAAUACGGCAAACUGAAGCUUGAAGUAUAAUCGAUGGAUAUCCCACAAAGGAUUCACUCAUUGUCGUAUCUGUUGAUAUAUGAUCCAUUUGAGAAAUCAUUCAAAAAACAGCGUGAUGCAUAUGAUGGUUCAACGAAAAUGUUUUUAAAAUAUUAUUAGACUUAACCAAAUUAUGAGAUAAACAUGAGGAACUUAUCUACACAUUAUGCUCUUGCCCAAAUUUUACGUAGCUCGAUAUUAAAUUAUACAGUAUAUUAAAAGCGUUAUACAACCAUAGAUUCAGAAUU